GACGUGAAGAGGGAGUUCCUGAAGUUUUCAAAGAGGGUGGCACACAUUGUACUUCUGAAUCUGUUUGCAGAACCUCAUACACACUCACACACACACACACAUAUUAACAUGCACAGAUUCAUGCAGGUCCAGAUGCACGCUCACAUAUGGUUCUGUUUACCCGUAGAGGUUUGAUUGACAGGAGGCGAUACGUCACCACACCAACAAGAAGAAGAAGAAGAAGAAGAAUGGGAAGGAAACUAAACAACACGAGUGUCCAGUUGCAGAGAUGGACUGAGACCACCCAGAGGGACAGGACCCACUAGAGGAUCCAACCCACUGACAUGGGCUGGGACUGGCUGACCCGGGGUCUGCUGCUACGUGUGGUGGUGGUCCUCACCGCUGUGGGUUUGUGCGUUCACGUUUACCUGGAGAUGCGUUGGCAGAACCCAGCAGCACCUCUGACUCCCAGACGUAGGAUUCAGUCCAGAGGAAGCCGAAGUAAACAGACGUCUGCGCAGACGGAGACGCAGGGACACGGAGACGGCAAGAGGAGGAUCUCCUACGUUCGAACGCUCAAGAAGGACAGAGCGGGAAGAAAGAGAGAUGGAGGUGCAGAGGACCCCUCACCUGCAUGCUGCCCACCUCUACACCAGCACAAAAAGGCUCCUCGGUGGCACAUAGACCUGGAGCCCUGGGCCAGCCACAGUCAUUCUCUGGAGGAUGAAGCCAGAAGGUUCCUCAAAUACAUCACAACACCACAAGUGUCCUGUCUGUCACCAGUGGGGGAUGAAGCCACCCACGGGGGGGCCGAAGGGGCCUGGGCGGUGUGUCUGGACCCCAAAUACAGCCUGAGCCACAGGAUACACAGCAAACACUGCAGGGUCUACUCGUUUGGGUUGGGGGCCGAUGACUGGUCCCUGGAGUACUCCCUCGCCAGAUCUGGGUGUGACGUGCACUGCUUCGAUCCCAGUCUGAAACAGUCUCACCUGCAGAAGGCUCAGAUGUGGCUUCAUCGGCUCUCUGUGGACUGGAGAGACCCCAACCCCGCCAUGGCCCAGCGUCAGCAGAGCAACACCAAGAAACUGGCAACCAUCCUGAACAACUUUGGACACAGACAGGUGGAUGUACUGAAGGCGGACAUGGAAAGCGCCGAGUGGAAGAUUUUGGAAAAUUUAAUCCUGGAAGGUGUUGUGGACUCGGUGGGUCAGCUGCUUCUGGAGCUCCACCUACACUGGGCGGGGUUUGAGGUGCCCGGGGACAACCCCUCGGUGGUGCGCUACUGGUUCAGCCUGCUAAAGGAACUGGAACGGGCUAACUUCCGCCUCUUUCACGUCCACAGCGACCCCACAAAACCGCACCUUUUCCUGCAUAAGAACGUCCUGAACGCCAGCAGCGCCUACACGUUAGGCUGGGUCAACACGCAGUGGAAAACCGAAUGAAUGUCAGACUGUCCGAUAAAAGCGAAAACUGAACUGCAACAACACAAAUGUGCAAAGUUGGAUAAACUUUAAGGGCAUUACUUGCAUAGUGUUUGGUUUGUUUUUGUUUGUUUUUUUUGUAGUGACUAUAAAUCCUUUAUUUAUGCUUUAUUAACCCUCCGGUACCCCGCCCAGCAAGGCCCGUACU